UCAUCCCAAACAACUCUUCACCAGACCGAGUUCCUCUGUUGCUCUCAAAUGGGUGCUUCAAAUUUUCUUUCCUCCUUUUCUUGUGAAGUAAGAAUUAUACAAGCCAAAAACUUAGAAUUCAACUCCACAGGCAGGCUUUUUGUGAGAUAUUAUCUCUCUGCAGGGAGAAACAAGAGAGUUGAGCUGAAUACCAGGGAAAUCUCCUCAAAAUCUGACCAUUUUUGGAACGAGACCUUCUGCUUGGAGUGCUUUGGAACGGAAGAAUCUCUCAAUGACCUAAAGCAACAGAGUGUUGUUUUCGAGCUCCGGUGGAGAGGCGCGGUGCCCGUGAUCGGGAAAAUGGGAAAGUCAAGGAUUUUGGGCAGGGCGGAAGUGCCAUGGAAAGCUGUUUUUGAGUCAGAAAACAUGGAGAUGGAGAAAUGGGUUACGAUGGUCCCGAUGAACGACCGUGUUCUUGAAGGUGUUAAGCCUCCUUCCUUGGAAGUAGCAAUGAAAGUUGGAGCUCCAGCCAUGGCGGAGCUGGAGCAGAGGAAGAAGUUGAAAAAUCGAGAUGGGUAAGGAUGCAAAGAUGAACAUGAGUGCAGUUUUGUAGAUUAUGAUGCAUUUGCAUUAGCGACUGCUUUGGAGGGGUCUUAGGCACAACUGAAGAAGGGUGGGACCAUUCGUUUUGGGAGGUGUAUAAUUAGGAAAGUAGAAUGAUUAAGAUAUAAUUUUAUCGUACAGCUUUCUCACACAACUUUUUGUUAAUGAUGAAUUAUUUUUACCCUAGUGAGACUCGAAAUAUCUUUUUUUUUUUAAAAAAAAAUAUUUAUUAGU